UAUUAGGACCACAUUAAGGGGUUUUUUUGGAGGGUUUUUUUGCUUUAAAAGUCGCUACUCUAUAAAAAUCUUACAAAUUGAAACUACCACCUAUUCUGUAAAUGUAUCGACAGAAAGCUGUGGGUUUUUACUUUUGGGAAGUUAUGAGAAGUUCUGCAUUUUACUUCUGCUAUCCACUGGUGUUUUACACUAUGAGCCAAUAAUCAGGCAGACACCUUUUUGUUCAGCACACUAAAUAUCUGAAGGUUGGAAAAUGCUCCCAGUAAACGACAAAACAACCAGUUGGGAGUUUUGUGACCUGUCAGGACAGAAGCGCAAGUUCCUUCCUCAGGAUGUUCCAGUACAUACUAGAAGUAUGGAUUUGCAGAGGAACAAACUGAAACGGGUCACCGGCAUCUCCAGAUUCCCCUUCCUCAUUGAGCUGAAUCUUUCAAGGAACAAGAUAAUUGAGUUUCCUCAUGAAAUGAUCAACCUGCAGAAACUUGAGGGACUCUACUUGAACCAGAACAACAUCAGAUACAUCCCAGAGGGAAUCUUUCCAAAUCUCAGGAGGUUGAAGUUCCUCAAACUCAGCACCAAUCGCCUUGCCAAGCUUCCUUCAGACAUAAACCAAGGCACCUGUAUCACUUACUUGGAUCUUUCCAAGAAUUGCCUGAAAGACAUCCAACCGCUCGUUGGUCUCCCAAAAUUGAAGGAGCUUUUUGUUGAGAAGAACGAACUGACCGAGCUCCCGUCCCAGCUCUUUCACAAUGGUACCUGUGAGCUGACCGUGUGCAAAGCCUUGGGAAACCCACUGAGGUGCCCACCAGAGGAAGUCUGCGCUGGAGGGGUCAUGGACAUCCAGAGCUACUUCCAACAUAUGGAUGAAAACCCUAACACACGCAGUGCCUGGACAGUCAAGACCAUGUUCCUGGGCUGCUCUAUGGCAGGGAAGUCCACACUUUGCCGCAGCCUGAGGGAGGGCAAGCCUGUGGCCAUAGCAGUGGAGGACCGGACUGAAGGAAUAGAAAUCAGUCAACUCGACGCUGAGGGAAUCCGCUUCCUUUUCUGGGACUUUGCUGGGCAGGAAGAGUACUACCUGACUCAUCAUGUCUUCAUCACACCACGAGCCCUUGUCAUCCUCACUGUUGAUUUAGCCAGCUACAGCAUUGUAGACCCGCAGUCCUUCAACGACCAACUUUGGUUUUGGAUAAACAACAUACAGUUGCGUGUGCCAGACUCGGUGGUCCUGCUGGUGGGGACACACUGUGACCAGUGCACAGACCAGGAGGAGGUGAUGGAGAAGAAGACAGACAUUGAGGAGAAGGUGAACAGCAGGUUGGCAAACAGGAGGACAGUUUUAAAACAACAGAAGAGAAAUCUGGAAGAAAACGCAAACCCCUCUCUCUUCACAGACCAGCUUGAUGAGCUGGAUUGCCUCUUGGAAUACAAUUUGAAGGUUCUGGAUCUUAUAACCAUCGACUGCACAAAGAUGGAGGAUAUUGGAAAGCUCAGGAGUCAUGUUUUGACGUGCAUUCAGUCAGAGAGUGUGUUUCUUUGUUCUGGGUGCAUUUUACCAAAAAGUUAUGAAACAGUGUCGCAGGCCAUUCAUACUCUUGUUGCUCUGCAGGAAAUCCCCCAGCAUGGUAUUAUACAACUUGAAGAACUGAGUGAUUUGAUUCUAAACCAUGUUAAAUUAAGCAGUGAGAGCCUCGACUGCAUCCUGCGAUCCCUCCUGCGAUAUCUGCAUCGGAUUGGAGUGAUCAUCUGGUACGAAGACAUCAGUGUGCUCAGCGACAGAGUGUUUAUCCAGCCCUCAUUCCUCAUCUCCAUGUUCAAGACCAUUGUGAGACACGACCUGGUGCAGCAGCUGGAGGGAGUCUCCAGAGACCUUCUCAUGCAGGAAGGUGCUCUGGUUAAAGAGAAGUUCACCUGGGUGGACGACCUGAGGUGCAGAGGCACCCUGCACAACGCAGCCAUGCGCAUCUUGGUCCGCAGAGCGAUAGAGAAACUGAUCGAGGAUGACGACGACUUGGUUGAAGAGGUGGUGGGAACCAAAAGAGAGGAAGGCGUUAUUCUCACCCUGCUGCAGCAUUUUGAGGUCUGCCUCCCCACACUUGUUGGAGGAGGCCUGAACCCACAAGCACCAGUGUUCACCCCUGGUGAGAAACAGUGGAAGUCAGCUAGUGAGGCCAAGAGGGAUCCAAAUGGAGCCUGUCUGUUCCCCAUCUACCUGCAGGAUGAGCUCAUAGUGUGCCAAAAUUGGGGUGAGAACAGACAGGAUGACCUCAGUGUUCAUGUGUACUUCUUACCUGAGAUUCCACACGGCUUCUUUCACAGAGUGAUCGUCAAGACGUGCUCCUUGUACCAGACUCACUGGGUGGGAAGGGAGCAGUGUCUCCUCUGCUGUGGAAACAGACUGUGUCUGGUGAGACAGAAGAAGAGAGAUGAAGAUCCCUUCAUAGAGAUACGCUGCAGGAGACCUGAGAAAGACGAGGAGUUUCGGCAGUUGUGGGAUCUGAUCUUGGCCGUGAUUUCCAAGCUGUUUUUGCUGUCCAGGCAGUGGCCAGGCCUGACUCAGCAGAUACACACACCCUGUCCAGAGAGAGGCUGUCCGCAUUACUUCACCUGGAGGGACUGGCAGGAGCUCAACAACACUGACUUCUACAACCUGGUGAAGGAGGAGAAAUUGGUGUGUAAAGGAGGACAUACAAGAAGAACAGAACUGCUUUUCCCAAAAGAUAAAUACAUGUCUCUUUAAAUGAACAGUUCAUCUUUAAGGAUCAUACAAAAUGUGUUGCGAUAAGAAAUGUCAAGAAAACACGACAUCUCUCUUUAUCAUCAGAAUCGCACAACAAAUCCAACCUAUUACGUUCUAUUGUCUUCAAGUCCUGUACAAAAUAUCACAGUUAUUGAUUAUUAUGACAGGCUACCAUUUAGGAUCAGUCACAGUACAUUUUGGGAUAAGAGUCUAGGCCUGUGAAGACUGUUUCGUCAUGAGCCGGGGAUCCGGCCGAAGAUUUCUGCCUUUUAAUAAGGCAGUUUUUUCUUACCACUGUAACUUUUGCUGCUUUGCUAAAGUGCUCAUGAUGGAUAGGCCUGAUCUUUGUAACAUAGCAAUAAGUAAGGUCUUUUACCUGCUUUUUGUAACAACAAUGAGUAAGGUCUUUUUACCUGCUCUUUUGUAAUGUUAACAGACAAUGAGUAAGGUAUUUUACCUGCUUCUUGUAAAGUGUCUCGAGAUAACACUUGUUAUGAGUUGACGCUAUACAAAUAAAAGUUGAUUGAUUAAAGAAGAUGUAAAUGUAAUGUAAAAAUGUAUAGAUUUUACUGCAAAAACAUUUUCCGGCAUGGCCUGAAGGGGGCGAUAGAAACGUAAGAAGUGAAGCUGAAUUUGAAGCUGAUAAUCUGAUUUUUAAGUUUACCCAGUGUAUUAAAUUCGCUUGCAGUGUGAAUUAACAGACGAUGUGAGAUUAACAAAUACAAAAUAUGUCAACGAAGCAUUUGUUGGAUUAAUUCCUGGGGUUAUGAAGGGAAAUAUGAGGAUAAAACAGGCAUGUGGGAUGAAAUACAAAAACAAAGCAGAAAAGGGAAGAUAAGAAUAAGAAAGAAUAGUAAAUGUAAAGUUUAGGAGCUCCACAUAAAGACAGAAGGAAGAAUGAUUUGUGUGUUUUUGUCUUUUCCUGCUACACUGUCAUGUCAUCACUCAAACUUCCUCUAUGGCAGUAAAACAUGAGGUUGUUUUUCUGUAUACAGUGUCGCCCUCUGCUGGAUUCUUACUGUCAUUACAACUCUGCUCUAAAUUCUCAUUCAGAAACAGAAGUAUUCUGUCUCUAAAGGGAAUGCUAUUAUUUUUUGUAAUAUUUGUUUUAAUCUGACAGCUAUUGUAUCACUAUAGCUGGUUUUCUCUGGGGAUUAUAAAAUGACUGUCUGUACUUAACCUGCAUUUUAAACUGCACCUGUCACCUGCAGACCAGCUAUUCAGUUUUAUUAAAUAAAUAAGAUCAGAUACUAAACUCAUGAUACUGACUUCUGAUAACCAGUGUUCUGCCACUUGUAUCCUCCUCUGUAUUUCUCAUCUCUUUAUUUUCAUUAUCGCGCUCUGCUCUCUGUGGGAUUGCCUGCUGCCUUCAUGGUCUCCUUGUGAAGUCCAACUUCUCAUUACUCACACUGAAUGUUUCCCAUGUUGGCGGAUGGUUUACUUUUUAUGUUGUUGAUGUCUUGUUGAAAAUGGUUUGUUCAAAAUUUGAUCAUACCAUCAAUUAAAAAUAAAUAAAAAGUAAAUAUCAA